GUCUAUUGCCUUUAGUUGACGAAAUCAAAAUGGCGUCUUUUAUGGGCUAGCGCUUAUCCGCCGCAUACUGAAUACCGUUUUCAAUAAUCGUGGGUGUAACUAUUUAUUAGUGAUUAUAACAAUUUGUGAACGACUAUUCAGUGUUUAAGUGCAUUUUUUUCCAUACCGGACUGACUGGAUAUUGUUUCAAUACAUCUAAACGAGCUCCCUCAAAGAGAUGCGCAGAGACACAGUGGAGAUAUAACACGAUGUGCGAGGUCGGAUGAGGCGCGAGCGCGCGCUCACGCGACGCGCAAACUAACAAUAUGUCGUUCUUCAAUAAUCUUAAGAAGGUGCUGCACCUGGGCAGCGGCAACGAUGCUAAGAAAAAGAAAGUGUUCAACAACAUUAGGGACAACAGCGAUCCCUCUGAGAACUGGGACAUGGUUGGCGAGCUCGGCGAUGGCGCGUUUGGGAAGGUAUACAAAGCCCAACACAAGACGACGGGCCAGCUCGCCGCCGCCAAAAUGUGCGUCCUCGACAACGAGGACGACCUCGCGGACUUUACCGUCGAGAUCGACAUACUGUCGGAGUGUCGGCACCCCAACGUCGUCGAGCUACACGAGGCGUACUUCAUCGACAACAAGCUGUGGAUGCUCCUCGAAUACUGCGACGGUGGCGCCCUCGACUCUGUGAUGGCCGAACUAGAGAAAGGCCUCAACGAGAUACAAAUAGCCUACGUCUGCAGAGAAAUGUGCAGAGGUCUGCAGUUUCUGCACUCGAGGAGAGUUAUACACAGGGACCUGAAAGCCGGCAAUGUUUUGGCUACCAUGACAGGGGGCGUUAAGCUGGCGGAUUUCGGCGUAUCAGCGAAGAACAAGUCGACUCUACAGAAGCACGACACGUUCAUCGGCACGCCGUACUGGAUGGCGCCCGAGGUCGUGCUCUGCGAGACAUUCAGAGAUCAUCCUUAUGAUUUUAAGGUGGACAUCUGGUCACUAGGUAUAACCCUAAUAGAGUUUGCACAAAUGGAGCCUCCCAACCAUGAGAUGACGCCCAUGAGGGUGCUGCUCAAGAUACAGAAGAGUGAACCCCCGACCUUAGACCAGCCCUCCAAGUGGAGCAAGUCGUUUAACGACUUCAUAUCUAAGGCUCUCGUUAAGGACCCAGAAAAAAGGCCGACGGCAGUAGAACUGAUGAAACACGAGUUCGUGAACGGCAAGUUAGACGCCAAACCUCUGCGAGAGCUGCUGCUGGAGUACAGAGCUGAAGUGGUGGAGGAAGAGCUGCUGGACGACGACGCAGAGGAGCCGCGCAGCUCUCAUAUCCCUAUGGAGGAAGAUGACUCCACCUCCGUGCGCUCCGCCGACACGCCAGAUGUCAAGAUGUCGGAGGAGCUCCCCGGCGCCGCCACAACGCCCCGCGCCGCCACGCCGCCGGCGACCACCACACCCCCUGCCGCGUCAGCCCCCGCUGUGUCCGCCGCCGCCGCCAAGCGCCCGCACGAAGACGAGCACCCGCCUGCUGAUAGGAAGCCGCCUGCACCAAAAAAAGAGAAAGGCCCAGCGCCUCCGCCCCCAUCAGCCACAUCACCACCCGCCCCCGCCGUCACCCCCGCUCCCACCCCCGCGCGAAAGCAACCCGCCCCGCCUCCUCCCGCCGCGCCAACCACACCCGUAGCCUCCGUCACACCCGUAGCCGUUACACCCGUAGCCGUCACACCCGUCAGUGUAGUGACUCCGGUCAGUGCAGUGACUCCGGUCAGUGCAGCGACUCCGGUCAGUAUAGUGACUCCCGUGAGUCCGGCGCCGUCCGAGGAAGCUACGGAUACCGCAGCGCUGCCUGCUGCUACCGCCGGCAGGCUUAUUGUGGACCAGGUAUGCAGAGACGCAGAAAAGGCAGUCGAAAACAAGACCACAGACAAGAAACUAGAAGUCGAAGACAAACCAAAGCAAGAAAAACAGACAGACAUCAAAACAAAUAUUAUUACUACCAAAACGGACAAAGAAAAAUUACCUAAAACCAAUUCUAUUGAAGAGAAAACAUCUAAAAGUCGACCCAACUCUUUACACGAGGUUAACAAAAGGGAUAUUCAAGACAGGGAUAUAAAAAGAGAUCCCUUACAAGAUAGGGACCUUAAUAGAGAUAUAAAACAAGAAAAAGAUAUAAGGGAUGUAAAAAGAGAUUCUUUACACGAAAGGGAUAUCAAAAGAGAUUCCUUGGAGAAGACAGGGAUAGAAGUGAAUAGAGUUAGCGCAGAAGUUAGUCGGUUGGAGAAGAAUUAUUCACGGUCCAGUUCUGUUGAUGAAGAGAGAGUGGAUAAGAGUAGAGAGAGAGAGAGGAGAACGCAACAUAAUGCUGUUGAAAUUAGGCCUGUUACGCCACCACAACCAAAAGAACCAGACCCGCCUACAUCACCAGCCCCGGCCCCCAUCGCCCCCAGCACAGUGGUGGUACACUCGGGAGUGGUGCUGGACGGCGCCGUGGUGGUGGUGGAACCCAAUAGCUUAGCCGCCACGCCGGCGGGGCUGGUCACUGUCACCACCACCCAUCCGCCCGUGCUUAGUACUGCAGCUACUCUCCCGCCGAACGCAGUAACAAUAUCAACGACACCCCCCAUAGCUGACGAAGUGGUGAUAGUCGGAGCCGGCUCAUCAUCAGACGACGACUGCUUCGCGCCGUCAUCGCUCGACAGCUUGGACUGCACACAUUAUAGUGAGAAAGCGAGAGGGCGUCGUUUAGAUAGCAGCGAAGUGUUGAUACUAAGUCCUACGGCCGCCGCCACUGAUUCCGGAGUAUUCGAUGAUAGUGUUACUAAUGGACUUAAUUUGGACACAUCACACGUGUCAGUGGUGACAGUCGGUAACGAAGAGGUGCGGGUUCGAGACUCGGCCGCUACACACAUCGCUCUCGGAUCAGUCAGCACUAGGCUCAGUCCUGAUAGUUUUGAGAGCAGGUCGCAGUCGGACAGCGGGUCGGUGGCGUCGCUGUCGUCGCGGGCGGCCGCCGACGCCGACUCGCUGGCGCCCGACACUCACGACUCGCAGCUCAAUGGCGGCACCAGAGUAAACACAGAUAGUCAGAAUUUGGACAAUGGAGAGCCGGUAGUACUGAGAAGAAAGCAGCAAGACGGACAGCCUGUUAAUAGGAUACAGAGGUCCAAGGAGGACAUCCACAUGGCCAACCUGAAGAAGAAGACCCGCAAGCGCACCAGGAAGUUUGAGAUCGAUGGCGUUAUAGUCACCACCACUACUUCCAAGGUGAUUUGGGGCGACGAAGAAAGCGGGCGCACAUGGGACGACCACGCGCUCCGCAAACAAGAACUGCGAGAGAUCAAGAUGCUGCAGAAACAGGAGCAGAAGCAGUUCCAAGACCUCAACGCUAAGGAGAGCCAGCUCAGAGAGCAGCAGGAUAAGAGGUUCGAAGCCGAACUAGUGUCCCUAGGCCGAGCCCACGAGGCCGACCUCGAAGCCCUAGCCCGCGCCCAGCGAGCCUCCGCCGAGCGGGCCGAACAACAGCUGGAGGCCGAGCUCCGCCACGCCGCCAAGCGCCUCCGCGCCGACCACGAGCGGGACCUGCGCCACUUCAGAGACACGCUCAAACAGGAGCUUAGGUUGCUCAAACAGGAAGUAGAGUUAGUAGCAAAAGAACGUCGCAAGGACGCGUACCGCGUCCGGCGAGCUCGCCUCGACGCCGAACACGGCGAGCGCGAGCGAGCAUUCGUGGCCGCGCUCGCGGACGCCGGCGACGCCGUGCUGCGACGCAUACACGAUGCUCAUAGAGACAGGCAGGCGUUAGCUGAUACCCAGUACCUGCAGCAGAGGCAUCAGAUAAUGCGUACCCGCGAAGCAGCCCUCUGGGAACUAGAAGAGAAACAGAUCCACGAGCGUCAUCAGCUCGCCAAGCGGCAGCUGAAGGACGAGUUCCUGCUGCGGCGCCAUCAGAUGCUGGUCAGGCAUGACAAGGAGCUGGAGCAGAUCAAACGGAAAAACACCCGCAAAGAGGAAGAGCUAGCGAAAGUCCAGGCUCUAGAGAAGCGAUCUCUGCCGAAACGCAUCCGAGCCGAACAGAAGGCCAGAGAGAUGAUGUUUAGAGAGUCUCUACGCAUCAGCGCGGUUAACGCGCCGAGUCAUGAGGAUGAGCGAGAAAGGUUGAAGAAGUUCCAAGAGAACGAGAAGCGUCGUUACCGUGCUGAGCAGCAGCGCCUCGCGACGAAGCAUGCCAAAGCCAGGGAGGAGCUCAAGGCCGCCGGAGAGGCGUUACUCCGAGAACUGGAACAAUACCAGAACGAGAAACGCAAAGCCCUCAUGAACCAUGAGAGCAACAAGAUGAAGGCAGUCGAGGAGCGAUACUCCCAGGAGCUCAAGGAGUGGAGAGCUACCCUCGGGGACAGGAAGCUGAAUAUCAUAAAAAGCUUCGAGAAAAACUUGGAUGACCAUGAGAAAAAGUUUGGCAUACCCAUAAAAGAUAGAAGCUUGUAUCUCAACGCUCCGUGGCCUAAAAAUGUACUGCAGCACGUGCUAAGUGCGUAUCAACAGCGGACAUCCUUCAUUGGGUCUCUAUCAAGAUCUCGAACCAGUCUUAAUUUCUUAUCAGCCGCUAACACACCUAAUAUGGAUAGGCGAAGAAGCAUCAGCCCUAGUAGGACAACUAAAUCUGCUGCAACCAGUGCUAAUAACACCACAAAACGAGGAAAAUUGACUAAAGGACAUCGAUACGCGUCCACUUCCAACUUGAAGUUGGUUUCCGACAAAAUAUCCGGUUUCUCUGUCUUUAACUCCAGCGAUGAUUGGAGAAGAGAACCUAUUAUGGCGUAUGGCGACGACAGACAGAUCACAGAAGAAUCAGAGCGUCCGAAAGACAAAAAACUAAACAGACAAUCAAUGUCGGAACAUUUGUUAAAGACAGAAAUUACUCAGCCGAUGAAACGGAGUAUUUCUCAGCAGAGUUUGAAGCAAGACAGAGCUUUAGAAGCCGUUAUGAUUGACUUGCCGUCUCUAGAGACACCUUACUCUACAAUAAAGAGCGAUAGAAGCAAUAGUACUUAUACUAUAGACUCUGAUGAUAUGGAGACUCAUUUCAGUAGAUGGGGUCCCGUAAGAGGGUCCAAUAGCUACUCGAACUCGGAGAUACCUGUGAGUCAGCUUUCGACGUUGAAUGUUAGAAAGUCAAUCUUGUCGGAUAAGACAGAGGGGCCGCCCGAUUCAAAUGUUUAAUUCGGUUUUGGAUGUGGGAGAGAGGUAUUUUAAUGUUUUAAAGUUACUAUAGAUUUUUUUAGUGAUAUUGUUAAAAUUUAGAAAGUUCUAGCAGUAAUAUUGAUCUUGGAAUUUAAGUCUCUUCCAAAUUAUGUGCGAUUGGUGAUGAAAAAAUUAAUCCCUUAUCCCUAUUUUGUGUGUAAGUCCUGAUAACGUUGAUUUUCAGACUGUUUUCUCUUCGACCAUUUACCCAUUCUAUACAUGUAAAUAAUGUAUUAAUUAAAUAACAAAAAUUGCGGCACACAAUUUUAUUAUCUUAAUAACAAUGCAUAGGUUGUCAAAAAUGCUAUACAUUUAAAUAUUUCAAAAUAUUGUUGGCGAUUUUUGACGUUAUUCUCAAUUUUGAAAUGCAAUACAAAAGUUAACAUAUGUGCCACGUUCCUUAACAGUUGUUUCACUAAAUCGUCCCUCAAACCUAUUACACAGCAAAUAUAUCUUAACCUUAAAAUGCAAAGUUUCAAAUGUAUGUACAUAUUCUAAGAUCUCUCCUUUAGUCUUAAAACUAUAUAUAUAUUUUUUUUGUCAAAAUUACAACUUUUUAAAUAUUUUUAUUUUCUCCCUGUAACUUCUGCCAUUUCAUCAACUGCGGUUGUUCUCAUAUAAGAAGAUAAAGAGAUAUUUUCCCUAGUUGGUUUUGAAAAAUAAAAUAUGAAAAUAUUUCACACUCACUCCCGCAUCCAAAAUUGUUGUUUAAAUAUUGUAUUAUAGUAUUUUUUUUUUAUUUAAAAUGUUUUUGCAUUGUAAAAUAACUUCCGUCAAAUAUGAAAGCUUUAUUUUGUCUUACACCAUAAAACUAUUGUUUUUUUAUAGAUACAGGUUGUUGUUUUUUUCAAAUUAUUUUUUUUUAUUCAAUCCUUAAAUUCUCCUGUAUUUUAAAUGUCAUAUAUUUGUUUAUUUUUGCUUGCAAAAACAUUUUGAAGCCACUUCUAAAAUUAUUAGUUAUAUUAAUUCUUAUUUACUAAGUCGCUUUUGCUAAAUUAAAACCUAUACUGGUCUUUGUAAUUUAAAUAUUGUAUAUUUGUGUUAUAUGCUGCGAUAUAUACUCUGAUAUUAUUAUAAUUAUGUAUAUUAUAGUAAAAUAUAUAAGACCAUUUCGAUGUCGUAAUAUUUGAUGUUAUUAUGUUUCCGAAAAAAUAUAUAAAAAAAAUUCGUAACGAAAAUCAAUACAAAUAAAAACAUCGGAUAUAAUAACAGUAAGAUUGCUUCCAAAAUGACUGCCGUUUUCAUAAAAAGCAUAUUUACGGUUCUUUUUAACUAUAAACAUACAUACAUCAAAAAGGCUAAAUAUCGACUUCCUAAAUAAUAUACAAAAAAGUUCCUUAUUAUAAACUUGCCAUUCAUGAGAUGAGAGCACCAGAUAUUUUAGACCCUCGGGUCAAAGAACAAAUGUUUGCAUCAGUCGGUUUUCGGUCCUCUGUAAGUUUUCAACUAUACAUCUGAAUAUAAAAAAUACUAUGGCCUUAUUGGCAUGUAUUAUAUUCUUAUAUACAAGCUUUACUACUGCCAAGUUUCGUGAAAUUCCAUACAGCAGAUUCACUUUUAUAAUAUUUACAAAAAAUCUGGUAUCUUCACCUCAAUUGCCAAAAGUCACUUCCAUUUUGCCAAAUAGCUAUGCUUCCUGCUUAUUUGUAAAAUAAUUAAGAUGACGAUUGAAAUAAGUAAUUAUGAAAAAAUAUAUAUCAAAGGAAAAUUAUAUUGUACUUAACAUUCCAUCCGUUCUUCCAUUUUUGGCUAGAGUUAGAAAAUAUAUGCUUCUCAAUAUUGCCAAUAUAAUUAAUAUAUAAUACAUACUUGCCCAUAGUUAGACUGUCGUUUGCUUGAAAUAUCGGCUACAGUUUAAAAUAAAUAAUCAAGUAUAUUAAAGUCAUAAAAAUAAAAUUGUCAGUCAGAAUUUUAUAUAGUUAAUAAAUACAUAUAUUAUGUAGACUACGUAUAGAUUAGUUCGGCGCUUUUGCGGAUCGCGGGGGGAGAUAAUUAAAAAACGGCUUAAAAUAUAUAAAAAUAAUAGAAUAAAUAUAAAAUAUAUAGUUUAGUUUUGUAGGUCGUGAAAAUUCCUGACUUGAAACCUGUCGGAAAAAUACAUUCGCGUCAAAGAAUAAGCGUGAUGAAAGGGUAAAAAAAUAGUGGUUCUAAUUAGUCCGCAUUUUAGAUUGGCAAAAAAAUAUUUUACACGUAUUUUUUAUAUUAAUAAAAUAUUAAAUAUAUACUAAGAUAUAACGCAACAUAGAUUGAGAGCGGGGGCUCGUGACGUCACGUCUAUGUAAAAUUUGGACUAAAAAGUGGCAAAAAAUGCAAUCGUGUUGUAUCUUCGUUGUUAUUUGUUUGUGAGAGAAAAGAAAAAAUACGUGUCUAUUAUUUUAGGGUCGUGUUAUUAUACGUGUCCAUUCACCAUGCCUAUUAAAAUAUUGUCCAAGUCGGCAAAAUAUAGUUAGAAAGUAAUUUUUAUUCGAUGUGCCUCAACCCAAAGUCUUAGGUUAGAAAUAAUUAUAUUUGAAAAGUUGAAUUUGAUAUUUUUAAUUGUUAUUUCUAUUGUGUACAGGGUGUAUUUUUUGAAUGUCAAUCUUGAACGGUUUUCAAGUUAAUAUGGUCACGUCGUCAGUGCAACUUUUCAAUAUAUUUAAAAAGUGAUUUUGACGACUGUCGAGUAUAUGAGACACAAAAAUACAUCCUGUAUACAAAUACACCCGCAACGGGAGCAAAAUAAUUAUAUAAAAUAAAAUUAUUAUUGUUAAUAGUAAUUAAACGAAAUGCGACGUUCUAACGAAGUUAUUAAUAAUUAUUUUAAAUUAAAUAAUUAGUAAAAAAUACCCGUUAAAUUAUGGUCAAUUUCAAAGAAUCGAAUGAUCCGGUUAAUACGUUAAAUAAUUGUUUUUCUAGUGGAACUCUUGUUAUUUUGAUAUACUAUGAUGAUGCCAUCCUAGCCCAUUAUCGGCCAUGGCGGCUGUUCUCAUAUAAAGAGAUCAACUUUUCGACUGUCAUAUACCACGCUAAUUUUAUCUCGAUUAAAAUAAUAAUCAGUUUUAAAGUCAAAAAGUGUGUAUCUAUUAUUAAUUUUGUAAACUUUUCACACAUUCCAUUAAUGGCCUAACCCCGACUUUAUACUUGUAUGUCGCUUCCAUAAAAAUAAUGUAGGUAACUUCCAUGAGUUGUAAGAAGUAAAAAAAUUGCUGUAAGCGACUUACGACUUACUUACGUUAUUAACUUAGAAGUGUAAAGGUCUUAUAAUAUACUUUUCUUUAUUUCAAAGUUACUAACAUAAUCUAUUUUAAUAUUAUCGUGGAUGCCAUCCGUAACAAUUAAUUUUCUACUAAUUAUUUCGUUGUACAAAAUACUAUCUUUUAUAAAUAAAUGUUUAUUGUAAAUUGAAUUUUGCAUUGUUUUUUGAAAGAUGUUUUAAUAAUUAAUUGUAUUAUAAAUUAGACUGUAUUGUUACGAGGCUGUAAUUUUUAAAAUUUUUACUGUUUCAUCACUACUGUACAAAGUAAAUUGAAAAACAUAUUUUCCAAAAAAACUUUGGAUAAAAAUAAUAAUUGAAGAUCAAAUAUAAUAUUUAAAAAUGUUCUUGCUACAUUAUUUGCAAAUAAAGAUAAGAAAUAUGUUAUAUUUGUAAACAAAAUAUUAUAACAUCCAAAGUAUUAAAAUUUUUCUGCUGCAAAAGAUUUAAAAUAGUCAUAUUAGUGAUGAAACAGGCGUAGGUAAAGUUUUACCCUUACCCAUUAAUUAUAAAUACGAUUCGUUACCCUUUUACCCUAGGCUUUCAAACCUUAAAACCAGUUUCAAAUACGUUAAAAUUGGUUUCGAAAUGUAAAAUUGUUUUUCUUUUUCUAUUCUAAAGGCUUGACGGAAAUGAUAAGCUAGCGAUGUCUUUAUUUUUUUCCUGAUUUCUAGAUAACAAUUUUCGUUUUAGUAGGUUAUAUUGCAAAUCUAUAAAAUAGACCUGUACGAUAUCUGUAUGAUUUACCACUAUAGUUAAGUAAACGAAUUAAUAGAGAGGAUAUUUACUAUAUUUUAAAACAUCUAAAGCAAGAAAAACAUGUUUUAUAUAACAUAAAAUAUAGUAAAAGUAAAACAUAAACCAAUUCGUUUAUUUCCGUCUAUAUUUCUAUUUGUAAUAAAUAUACGAUUUUCUUAGGUACUAGGUUAACCAUUUACCCAUUUUUUACGUCAAUAGUAGUCCAAAGUAAUGCAUGUAUAUUUUUAAAUAGUUUUCUAGUUUUAAUGGUUAUUUACUCUCAUCGCCUUUUUCAUUGUUACGGAAGUCGAUGUAUAGUUUUCAUCAAUCUUAAUGACCGCUCUGAACAUCGUACGAUUCGCUGCAUGUAAACCAUUUCACAUAUGCUCAGAAGCUAGUUGCGAACUGCCAUUGAGUUUGGCGAGAACUGUGCAUUCGUAUUUAACACUAUAAUGAUAUUAUAUAUUUGAUUUUAAGUUAAUUUUUAAUGUUCUCAUUGUCAUUUCCGUAAAGCUAACCCCUAAUGUACAAUCCAUUAUUACGCGUUUCUGUGCGCGUAAAGUAUCUUAUUUUAAUUUUAUUUUAAAAUAAAUCAUUUAUAUUACGCAAAUUAUAAUGUAAAUAAAGAUGUUAUGUUUCAUAGUUA